AGUCGGACCCCAGGUUUUAUAUGAGUAACGUUGCUGGUCUCUGUACACAGAGGCCCGUGUACUCGUGAACCCUCGGCCACAUUAUACCCUUGUUCAGCCCGACUUGUCUUUGGAACCCCAAAAGACCAAGCCUCGUCUAAGUGCUCCCACGGAACGAUCAUUUUGAAUGCGACCAUGAUGGACUCUCACACUCAUUUCGCCCGAACGGACGAUGGUGCGCACGGGUCAUACAUGUCACCCCGAGGGGGUCGAGCGUUAGCCGUCAGUGUUGUGUUUACCAGUCUAGCAACAUGUUGUGUUGCUGCUCGUAUUUACACGCGCACCAAGUUGAUGCACCGCAUGGAGCCAAACGACUGGAUGAUAUUGCUGUCCUUGACGUUGUCCUAUGUCUUUAUGGGUCUAUUCGUCGUGGAGGCCCUGAAUGGGAUGGGAAUGCAUGAGGCACACAUCCCACCAUCAGUCCUGUUAAAACAGAUGAAGGCAUUCUGGCUUACCAUUCCAUUCUACAAUGCUGCUUUGCUGCUUGCCAAAGCGUCAAUUUUAAUGCAGUAUUUCCGCGUGUUUCCAACCCGGCGCAUGCGGCGCAUUUCCUGGAUUAUGAUCGGCGUGCUCGCUACCUACGGAUCGUGGGCGGUCCUCAGUGCUUUCCUCAAUUGCAUUCCCGUCGCCAAAUUCUGGAACCCGACUAUUCCGGGAUACUGUCUGAGCAUGGAGGGACUGUGGUUCUCGAACGCGUCCAUGCACAUCGCUACUGAUAUCGUGAUAUUGUUGAUACCAAUCCCGGCCUUGUCGGGGCUUGAAUUGCCGCAGAGGCAGAGAAUGGCCUUGAUUUCGAUUUUCGCUCUGGGUGGAUUUGUCUGCGUAACUAGUGUUUGCCGGUUGGUUUCCCUGAAGAAGAUUUCCGACUCUACCGACCCUACUUACGACAAUGUCGGUGCUGCAUCCUGGUCUGCAAUUGAAUGCAACACGGGGAUAAUCUGUGCUUGCCUGCCUACCCUCCGGCCUCUCAUUUCGCGACUUCUUCCACACUUCCUCUCGACUCUAAGCGGUGGAGGCCAUGCGUACGGCUACGCACAUGCGCCCUCAUCGCAAAGCCAACCGCCAACGUUCUGGAAUGGCACCGGCACGGUGACGACUACGAUUACCACACACAUGGACGAUCUGGAGUACGCUCAUUGCACGGGAGACUCGGACAGAUACCUUACACUUGUUCCGGGACAUGAACUUGGGGGGAAAGGAAAGCUUAUGGUGCGAGAGACCAAUAAUUCGGCCGGUUUCCGCGAUUCAGUGACGGGGAAGGAUGUGCGAUCAGACAUCGCAUCACCGUCAUCAUCAUGAACAGCGUACCAUGGGCAGUCGACCAGGCCAAUAGGAGUCGCAGUAUGUUGAUGUCAUUCUUACUGAUAAUAUAUUAUAGGAGCUAUUGUUACCAUUUCGUUCUUUAAGCGUGUGUUUCCUUUCUGUCUAUACCUCUGCCGAUGUAUCUACUGGCUGUUGUCUUGUUC